CGUUAUAAUUUUAAAUCAUCAUUAUCAUCAGUAGCUUAAUAAUAAUUGGCUACAUGAUACAUUGUAAGUUUCAACAAAUUUGCAGAAGAAAUGUCACUUCAUGCCAUUGUCUUAUAUUGACAUGAUGAUUUGGACAAAUUUGACCUGAUUUUCUUUAUACAUACACUGCAGUAGUUUGUAUAUUGACAGGGGCCCCAAGUUCUCAAAAACUGGCAAAGGGCCCUCAGAAGGACAAAGUUUGAGUAUCUCUGGUUCUGGGCUAGAUGCAAGAGUCAAGGUAGAGUCAAGGCUUCAAUGUUUACUAUAAAGCUUUUUUGAAAUAGGGGGCAGUAGCGAGCUGGGUUCUUCGUUACCAAAGAAAAACAUGGCGGACAGGACAGACUGACAAAUCGAAAUUACCAGUAUUCUGUUCUUAAUUGCUUUAACGCUAACAAGACGUAAGAUAUUUUUCAACUUUAACCGACUCGGUAUUCAAAGACGGGCCAAGACCUUAGUCGGUUUGUUUCCUUGCUCUUGUACUUUCGUGUUCAAUGUGACGCGGAUUCGAACCGAGGUAGCUAGUUUGGCGGUGACCUGCUGUAGCGUGGACAAACACACUGAGCCACCGAUAAAACGCUCAAUACCAACGGAAAAAGUGGUCAUGUGUUCUGUAUUCGUGUGCUGCACUGACAGCUUUGCUGUGAAACUGAGGCUCAAGUGCUGAUGGCAGGUACUGCCCCAGAGGUGGGCAUACAAACAGGAGAGUUAAUGGGGUUUCCCUGCGAAAAAGACGCAGAGGAACAAAGUGAACAGAUUAACCGUAUGGACAGUGAAAGUGCUUGUGACUUGAAUGGAGAUCCCUUGGAUGUCCAUGUACCCCAGGACAGAAAAUCAGAACCUCAGGCAUCUGAUUAUAACCAAUCUGAGACGAAAAUGAGAUCAGACUCUAGCACGAUCAACUUGUCCCUUGAAGCAAGUCAAGAAAUGUGUGAAGGACAGGCAGCUGUCAGCUCUCAGCUUCCCUCAGACGAUGACCAAGAGGCUUUACCAACAGCAAUCAAAAAGCGUAAAAGGGGGCGUCCAAGAAAAAAAUUAGCUUACAACCAGAAGUCAAAGAAGGACUCUGCUUCUGAUGCAGAACCAAAAAAUGAAACAAGCAGAAGCAAAGCUCCAGCAAAAAUCAAACAAAAAGUUAAUGAAUCACUUUCACAAACUCCUCUUCAACAUGACAGUCCUGCCAUUCUAGAAUCCCCUGAGAUGACUCCAGGUGGCCGCCCAAAAAGGAGAGCUGCAAAAGUUGCUCUAGAGUACCUGCAAAAAAUCCACAAGGAUCUUGAGCAUGCUGACACAGCAUCCACAAAGAGAGAGGACACCAGUCCAAUCCAGCUGGCCAGUACUCCUCAGAGAAAAACCUCAGUUAGAGGGAGAGGGAGGGGCCGGAAAAGAAAAGCCCCGGACUAUGAUGGCGACAACAACGAUGAUGCUGACUUUAACCCAGAGGGCCAUGGAGAGGUGGAAAGUGAGGAAGACGAUGAUGAGGAGUAUGGAGAUUCAAAGCCAUGCUUGCAGCUGAAUAAAAAGAGCCAAUCCAAAGUGAUUGGAAUCAACGGAUUUUCUAACAGUGCCAUGCAACCUGUAUGGGCAUCUUUUAGAAGCACCAAAGAAUUUCGUGAUGAGCAUUGCUCCCCCUGGGUAUUCUCAGAGUGGAUGCCCUCAGUCACUGACUGGCAUCUAAUGUCUAUCAGUGAGGCAGAAAAAUAUUUACCCAAGGAGGAGGAAUCGAUGACAUUUAUGUUAUCCCGUGAUGGAAUCAAGGGUCAGAGUGUUCUACAGAGGGUGAAAAGGUUUGAAUCCCUGCCACCUCAUUCAGAGAGGUGGGAUUCCCUCUUCUUUGUUGGUGGCCCUGUCUGGGCGAUGGAGUGGUGCCCGUGUCCUGAUGGAGCUUCAGAUAAACAGUAUGCUGCCCUGUACUGCAACAGAGGCAUGGAUGACCGGCACAAAAUGAAUAUACUCCACACAGAGCAUGCUCUGCUGCAACUGUGGGAUCUGGGCAAUCUACAGAUGAGUAGACCAUCAUCCUCUCCACACCUAGCCUACGCUCUGGCAAUAAAUGAUGGCUGCAUCUGGAAUCUAAAGUGGUGUCCCUCAGGAGCCUGGGAACAGCCUACUACUAACAGAAAGACUCCACACAUGCCUCGACUAGGACUCAUUGCCGCAGCUUUUUCUAAUGGAUCUAUUGGUGUCUACAGUCUACCACACCCAGAGGCUCUAAUGACCCAAAAUCCAGCAACAGGAGAAGCCAGCCAAGCACCAUUGAUAUAUAGAGUGAAGCGUAUCAUGACUGUGAAGGUAGGCUCCAACCAGGCAGACCACAACGGCCAAAGCGGCCAGUGCUUUGCCCUUGACUGGCUUCCUGUCAAGCCACACAAUAUCCUGGCAGGUGGCUUCUCCGAUGGUAUGGUGGCUUUGUGGGAUCUGAGCACCAAGUCACCCUUGCAGAAAGUCAGGGCUCCAGAUAGAUCUGUCUGCCUUUACCCAUACCACUGUUUCCUUGCCCAUGACAACACUGUUCGCUGCCUCAGCUGGUGCAAAGCCUCAAGUGAGCUGCUGGUGACCGUCGGAGAUGACCGCAAGGUGAAUCUGUGGAACUUGUCCAAGACAUCAACUCCCCUUAAGGCAGUCAAGCGCUUCCUGCCCACAGAGGUGUCCUGGCCCCUGCUCUGGUCAGGUGUAUUCCUAGCCCAGGAGUGCUGUUAUACUGCGCUUGGACAACAAGGACUUCAUUACCUCGAUUCAGGUUACUUUGGUCAAAAGCCUUUCUUCGUAUGUACAAGGAAAGCUACUGUAUGGAGCUUGUCUAUGUCCGACUGGAUGAACUCUUGUGUAAUUGGGGACAACGCAGGAGAUUUGGUUUGCUCUCUGCUGUGUGACCCAAACUGCAUCUACGCUAACUCCAAGAGGCAUAGAUUUCCAGUGUACAGGACAGAGAUGAUCCCGUUUGGGCCCGCUAAGAAACAGGGGCAGGCUGAGGAGGCGCGAGAGGCAGGAGCUGCUCCCCAGGAGGAGCCCCAGAGCUAUAGAGGGGCUGUGAGGAGAUACUACCUACGCUUCAACGAUAUGGACCUUAGAUCUUUUUCAAAAUACCAGGACAAGCCCAUAGUGAAGCAGCUACAUGCCUCUGAGACCAAAGGCAUCUUGUUUGUGGAUAAGAUGCCACUGAAUGCUCUCUACAAGGUGCGCUUCAACCCCAACAUGGGUGCUCACGGCUGGGUGCUGUCGGCCGGCCAGUCGGGCCUGGUGCGUGUGCACUGCGUCAGAGGCCUGAGUGGUGCCGUCAUGCACAAGCUCAUCCAGGAGAGCCAGGCCCACUUCAAUGCCAUGUUCUGCUCUCAGGAAUCCGAUAGUGUCGCCGCAGCCAUCCACUGCUGCACAGCCGACACAGUGCAGGUCUGAUGGCGCUCACCGUCACACCUCACCGUCACAGGUCACACAUCACCACCACAGGUCACACCCUCGGAAUGCAGCAAUCAGCAGUGGCAAGGCAUAGCCAUUCACCAAAUCUUCCAUUGUCUCUCUUCUGUGACUUGACCGUACCCCUCUGUUUUUUAAAUGAACAUCCUAAUUUAUUUAAAGAACUAUAAAAGAUCAAGCUAUUUUGAUAUAAGGCUGUGGAAGAUUUUAAUAUUUUGUAUGCUUUGUUUUUAUUGAUGUCUGUGUUGUACAGGUAUACACAGUGGUUUCAUUGAAUCAAGGACACUUUGCAACUACUGUAGAUGUGCAUUUUUUUCUAAAUCCAGAAGUUUGUAGAUUUUGUGUUGCCUUGCCAAGUCUGUUUGGGCAGUCUUUCGUAUUUCUUUAUGAAGGAAACAUUGCUGUCAUUAUUACAACUUUUAUCAAUAUAUUUUAUUUGAGUCAUAUUUGCCCUAAACAUUUUUCAAAGUACCAAUUCACUGUUCCAGAAGUGUUAAAUUUGCAUAUACCCACUGUGAGUAAGCAUUUUAACAAUUCAGACCCUAUUUUGACUUAAUAAAUAAAUGCCCAAAAUGUUGAAACAA